AGCCUUGGUCACCCAACAAUUCCAGAGCCGUAAAGGAGAGAUUUAUGACUUCUCUGACCUUGCAAAUUGCUGAGUCAGAUGGCGAAGGCUUUUUGCGGCAUUCCCAGGCUUUAAAGAACCCUGUGGGCUCCCAGAGCCUGGAAACCCUCCUGUCAUGGCCCUGUCCCAGCAGGAUAAUCAUCCCCAGGCUGCAGUCAAACGGAGCAGCUGGUGCUGAAUGUGCUGAGGGUCAAUUCUGCACAUCCUUCUCCCUGGGAAGGGUGUGAUAUCCCUUUUUGGGGUGCUUGUUGCAAACUCACGAGGGGUAUCUCGCCCUCCCUGGUGUCCUGCUCUGCCUGCACUGGGCUCUGCUGCCAUCCCAGCCGGGCUGGGGGGACUGUCAGGGCAUGGCUUCAUUUUCCAAGUGUAGUAAGGGGACAGUCGUCCCUCCCCAAGGACACGGGAAGCUGGACUGUCCCCACCUCUCCAGGCAGGCUGGGCCUGCUGCCAGUGUGGGGCCAGGGGGUGUUAUCAGGGCUGGGCCGGCCCUGGGAGCCGGUCCCUGUCCCCCCCCAGGGCACCCCGAUUAUGGGGGCCCCUGGUGUGCGGUGCGCUGCAGCGAUAGCACAGCGGGCGUGGGACACCUGUCCUCACACUGCUGGGGUGGGGGUGCCGGGGGGCUCCUCGUCCCUGGGCAGGGACCCCCCAGCAUCCCCGGCCGUGCAUUGCAGGGGGACAGUGCCAUGGCUGAGAAGGUGUCCCCGAGCCCCGGCGGGGGCAUCACGCCGCUGCAGCAGAUGCUGGCCUCAGGGACAGGUGCCAUCCUCACCUCCCUCUUCGUGACACCGCUGGACGUGGUGAAGAUCCGGCUGCAGGCCCAGAGGACCCCCUUCUCCAAAGCGUUGGCAGCGCAGUCAGUGCCCUGGGGCGCUCAGCCGGCCACAUGGAAGUGUUUCCUCUACUGCAACGGCCUCAUGGACCACCUGUACGUCUGCCAGAACGGCAACGGCUGCACCGCCUGGUACAAGGCCCCCGGCCACUUCACCGGCACGCUGGAUGCCUUUGUGAAGAUCACACGCUAUGAGGGCAUCAGAUCUCUGUGGAGUGGCUUGCCCCCCACCCUGGUCAUGGCUGUGCCAGCCACCGUCAUUUACUUCACCACCUAUGACCAGCUCCGGGACUACCUGCACACCCGGAUGGGGAGCUGGGGCCACUACAUCCCCCUGCUGGCUGGGGCCCUCGCCAGGCUGGGUGCUGUGACAGUCAUCAGCCCCCUGGAGCUGAUCCGCACCAAGAUGCAGUCCCAGCAGCUCAGCUACCGCGAGCUGCGCGUCUGCAUCCAGUCUGCAGUGGCCCAGGACGGCUGGCUGUCCCUCUGGAGGGGCUGGGGACCCACCGUGCUGCGGGACGUCCCCUUCUCGGCUCUCUACUGGUUUAACUACGAGCUGGUGAGGACGUGGCUCUGCAGGCAGCCCUGGCUGGACGGGGCCACCUUCACGGUCAGCUUCGCAUCCGGGGCCAUCUCUGGCACGGUGGCCGCGGUGCUGACGCUGCCCUUCGACGUGGUCAAAACCCAGCGGCAGAUCGAGCUGGGAGACAGUGAGGUGCACCCAGUCACAGCCUCCAAGCCUUCCUCCACCUGGCUGCUGAUGCAGCGGAUCCGCGCCGAGUCUGGCACCCGGGGGCUGUUUGCAGGGUUCCUGCCCCGUGUCAUCAAGGUGGCACCUGCCUGCGCCAUCAUGAUCAGCACCUAUGAAUUCGGCAAGAGCUUCUUCCAGAGGCUGAACCAGGAGCAGCAGCUGCGGGGAUUGUGAGCGGGGCUGGGGCAGGGCUGGGUGUGGCCGUGCCCAGGGGACAGUGCCAUCCCGGCCGGGGAUCCCGCCCUGCUCCAGCCAGGUGUCCCAGGAGCGGCGAUCCACGCUCGGCUGUGCAGAGCCCAAGUGCCUUCGUUCCUGCUCUGCCUCCCGCUGCCCGCACACGGAGCCAGGGCCAGCCUGGCCACCCCAUCCCAGCCACUCUGGGGGACAUCUGUGCCUGCUGCUGUGCCACUGGGGGGGAUAUGGAGCCCCCCGCACUCGUCCCUUGGCACUGGACAGAUGCUGCUGCUGGAUUCAUGGACACUCAGACAAGGAUGGGGUGUCCCAGGAGACUUGGCCAGGCAGGAGAUGGAGCUGGGGCUCUGGCAAGGACCAAACCCCAGACCUCGGGGGCUUCUCUGCCUGCCCGGGCCCCCCAGCCCUGCUCUGCCUGAGGGUCUGCCCCUCCUGACCAACACUCACAGCCUCACUUUGCUGGCUCUGCAUGGCCUGGGGACACAUCAGGACCCUCUCCCUGCCUCUGGACCUCUCCUCCCACUCGGGAUGUCCCCAUCUCCUGUCAGACCCUGCGUUGGACAGACCCUGUGUGGGGACAGACCUACUGCUGCUCUGGGGGGCCGUUGUGGCACCCCUGUCCCAUCCUUUCACUGCAAGGACCUGCCCCAGCUCUGCGGGCACUGCCCCCCCUACCCCAGGACUCGUGGAGGGAAUUUCUCCUAAUUUCUUAAAUAAAAUAAUUGUCUCUUAA